UUUUGCUCGCAAUCGCGCGGGAAAAUUCCUUCACAGAGUUUCUCUCCAAUGGAGUUUGCUUCAGUUCACCCAAUCUGUCUGCAUUUAAUUUCUUCUGCGAUUCAAAGAUGCCGAUUGUCCGAAGAUUUAUGCAGACUCUCUGUUGUUCUCAAAUUCUCUCCAAAUUCCGAUCCUCUCCUUCUUCGCAUUUCAAUUUCGGAUACCGGGAUUGGAAGCUGCCUGGAGGAGUUUCAGGACUUGAAGUUUCCGAGGGAAGCCGUUAUUGCCGAAAAGUGGGAUGGAGUGCUUUCUGUCAGAACUACUAGCAUAUGUGACAAUGAGGUAUUUAAUUAUCAGUUAAAUCUAAAAGAAAGUGCGUCUGCGAGGAGGCUGACUAGGCUACCUUCAAACCCUAAGAAUGGUGUGAAAUUCAGUGGGACCGAAGUAUGUCUUUCCAUCUCUGAAAGUCUUGAUGUUUUACUGGCGGAGAUCAAUUGUUUCUUUCAAAAGAUGCUCGUUCUAAAGAUUCCUAAUGUUGCGUAUGAAUUGGUAGUUGAACAUGAUGAUGCUUCUGGAUUGCAAUAUGAAAAUGUCUUUCUAGCAAAUGAGUCCAAUCCCUUACAUUUUUCAGCCUCAAAUCUUGAACGUUUGAAGUCAGGCUUUGAAGAUUAUAUUUUAAAGCAUGGAAAUAGCUCAAGUAAAAAGUGUGGCUCUUGCUUUCCAAGUUUGGAGCAUCUCAAGGUUGGGAGUGGAAUAGCAUGCUGCACAGAAGGCCUUAGGAAUACUGAACUGGUGAUGGAAGCUGUCAUUUUGAUAAGUGAAAUAUCAGAGCCAACAAGUAGUUGCUUCAGACCAUGUGGUGCUAACAGUGAGGUUUUGUGCUUUAAAGAUUUCACGCCUUGUUCAAUUCCACCAUCAUCUGUGAAGGCAUUAACUAGCAUUGACUGGAGAAGUUAUGGAUUGACUUUGGGUAGUAUCGUGAACCAACAUGGCUAUGCAUUGCUGGAAUGGGAAGGCUUGCCACCAUCUGCUCGUAUUGACAUUGUCCUCCACUGUUACCAUAAUCAAGAUAUGAUACCAUCAGCAAGGAAAACUCAACUUGACAGAAAUCUUAUAAAAAAAUCAGUGAAACUUGCAUUGGAUGAUUUGAAGGAAAAGCAUGCAGGAGUUCUUCUUAGUGCCCACGCCCUCAAGAUUCGCAAUUGUGCCCCUGAUCUUGCAAAAACCAUUGCUGGCCUAAUCUUGUCCUCCAAGGAUUCAAGCUUCCAAGGAGAAUGCUUCUCUCUUCUUGGUUUGCAGUCUGAGGGAGUUGGAGGUGAAAUUGUUGAAGAUUGUAUCAAGGAAAAGAUUAUCUCGGUUAUAGAGAUGAAUGAUAGAAAGUCCAACCAGAAAAGCGAACUUGCACCUUUUCUUUUUGAAAAUGACAGCCUCCAGGUGCUAGAGUUUCAAGAAGAGGAAUACGAAGAAGGUGACGACGGUCCCUUCAGUCCCUUGGAUAUAUAGUAGUAUCUUGCAUCAUGCAUUUGACCAACCCGUAUCUCUAAAGUUUUGUAACUAUGGAAGUCUGUUAAGCAAGUUUUACUCGUGGUUUUUCUAAUUUCUUGUAUUUCAAGACCAAGGUCUAAUUUCUAACCCAAUAUGGUUUUGGUGUUGGCUGGCGCGUUUGCUAUUGCCAUUUAAACCAGUUCAUGUUGAGACGAUUGGCUUUUCAACUGCAUAUUAGAAAGUCCAGCUUGGCUACCA